AAAGAGAUAACGUUCUUCUGGUAAUCUGAGCCUCUUAUCCAAAAUAUAUAUAUAUAUAAAUACAUAUAAAAAUAACAAAGAAAAAUUUGGAGCCAUGGCAGUGUCAUCAAUGGCCAAAGGUUCAAUAUUAUUACCAUUCCCAAAUCUUGUUCCACAAAGAUUUAGUAAUACGUCAUUAAACUACGUCGUUUUCCAAUCAAAGCAACAACAAUUAGUGAAAUUUCAUAUGAUAAGAAGCAAUUCAAAUGACACAUCAUCAUCAUCAUCAUCUACGGUUGAGACCACAAUAACAUCUCCUGAGGACGCAACAACACAAGAAGAAGAAGAUUCUAUUGAAGAAACAGAAGAGUCUCCUUCUUUGAUUUCUGCUCUUAAUGUUGAAAGGGCUCUUCGUGGCAUACCCAUUACAGAUGUAGAUUAUUAUGGUAAGCUUGGAUUAUCAAGAGACUGCUCACUUAAUCAGGUUAAUGAUGCCUAUAGAAUAAAGAGUGAAGAAUUGAAGAAUAGAGGCCUAGAAGAAGAAGAACUCAACAAAGAACUUCAACUCUUAAAGGAAUCAUACAUAAUUUUGUCAACUGUGGAAGAGAGAAGACUAUAUGAUUGGAGUCUUAGUAGGAGUGAGAAAACAGAUAAAUAUGUUUGGCCUUUUGAAGUUGAUUCAACAAAACCACCUCAAGAUGAACCACCUCAACAGGAGCCAGAGGACAUUGGGCCAACCAGAGCAGUUGGAUAUUUCAUAUUGGGUUGGGUAAUAUUGUCCACUGUCUUGUCUAUUGCUCUUAAUCGAUAAUUAAAUCACAUCAUCAUUCAUUUCUGUAUAAAUCCAUCUUUAUUUAUCAUUAUUUAUAUUGUAAAAUAAUUAAUAAUAAUCUGUAUAAUUUUUUUUGACACUAUAAGAUCAUCACAUGCAAAA